AUGCAGGGUCCAGCUAUACGCUGUGUGGAGGAGAUCCUCAAAGCAGACCCGGGUCAGCUCCAGGCCGAAGACUCUCUGUACGGAGGAACGCCUCUCCACUGGUCCAAAACCGCCGAGAUGUGUCGCAUGCUGCUGGAACACGGCUGUGCAGUGAACUACCUCAGUAAGACCGGAGAGAGCGCCCUCCACAUUCUGACCAAGGGGCGCUUCGAGGCGGCCAUGGUGCUGCUCACCCACGGGGCCAACGCCAACCUCAAGGGCCAGGACGGAAACACCGCCCUGCACCUCGCCAUGAAGAUGGACCACAUGGAGCUGAUCAAAGCUCUGAUUGUGUUCGGGGCUGACGUGGAGAUCCACAACGACCUGGGAGAGACACCUGGACUCAUCGCUGCUCGCACCAGCAAAGGUCCUAAUAGAAAGAUACUGCUGGACAUGCUGUGUAGUGUAGGGGUCCAGCGCUGCCUCCCCCCCUCCCCCGGCAGUCCUCCCCCCUUCUCCACCAAGGCCAAGCCAUCAGGCAUAGGGUUUGAGGACAUCCUGUAUGCCGGGGCUGCAGUCGGUGCAAUGAGCAGAGGCACCACUCAGGUGGACGGCGCCAAGAUGGAGAAAAGCAAGAUGGACAGACUGCUGUGUCUGGAUGGAGGAGGUAUUAAAGGCCUGGUGUUGAUCCAGAUGUUGAUCGCUCUGGAGCGAGAGGCCGGCCGGCCCACCAGAGAGCUCUUUGACUGGGUGGCUGGCACCAGCACCGGGGGCAUCCUGGCCCUCGCCAUCGUCACGGUGUGUUCCAUGGAGUACCUGCGCUGCCUGUACUUCAGGAUGAAGGAGCAGGUGUUCAAGGGGUCACGACCUUACGAGUCGGCGCCGCUGGAGGACUUCCUGAAGAAAGAGUUCGGAGAGAACACCAAGAUGGCGGCUGUCCGUUACCCCAGGGUGAUGGUGACCAGUGUUCUAGCAGACAGACAUCCAGGAGAGCUGCACAUCUUCAGGAACUAUGACCCUCCCUCCGUCCACAGAGAGCCUCCAUACUCCACCACCGCCACCUUCAAGCCCAUCACCAUCCCACAAGGAUGGGAGGAUGAGGAUGUGUUGGAAGUAGGAUACACAGAGGAGCCAACCAGAAAGCGUAGGAAGGUGACUGAUGAAGAACAACUUGUGUGGCGAGCCGCCCGCUCCAGUGGCGCUGCCCCCACUUACUUCCGACCGAUGGGGCGCUUUCUGGACGGAGGGCUGCUGGCCAACAACCCGACGCUAGACGCCAUGUCAGAAAUCCAUCAGUAUAAUAAAGCUUUAAGAGCAGAGGGCCAUGGAAACCAAAUCAAGAAGUUGGGUAUCGUGGUCUCCUUGUCUGCAGGUAAACCUCCUCAGGUGGUGGUGAACUCCGUGGAUGUUUUCCGACCCUCCAACCCUCUGGAGCUGGCCAAGAGCUUCGUAGGAGCCAAGGAGCUCGGCAAGAUGCUGGUGGACUGUUGUACAGACUCUGAUGGCUGUGCGGUGGACAGAGCCGGAGCCUGGUGUGAAAUGAUCGACACCGUCUACCACAGACUGAGUCCCCAGCUGUCUCAGGAGGUGAUGCUGGAUGAGGUGAGUGACGCGGUCCUGGUGGACAUGCUGUGGGAAACCCAGAUGUACCUGUACGAGAAGAGGGAAACCCUCCAGUCUUUGGCAAAGGGGCUACUGGACAAAUGAAAGCAAAGGAGACAUGAAGAGGAGAGGCUGCUAAACACUGGACCAACGAGAGCAGAGGAGACGGAGAGUA